AUGCUCAAGAAUGUGGAUCAGUCAGCAGGCUUAUGCAAUGGUACACGCAUGGUUGUUGAUCAUUUUGGUGAUCGGGUCAUACAAGCAACUAUUAUAUCUGUAUCUAACAUUGGCCAUAAGGUAUUCAUUCCAAGAAUUACACUCACACCUUCAGAUAGCUCUCAAAUCCCGGUUGCUCUUAAAAGAAGGCAAUUUCUCGUGUCUUUGUGUUUUGCGAUGACGAUCAAUAAAAGUCAAGGACAAUCACUAUCAUACGUUGGUUUGUUCCUACCUAUGCCUGUUUUUAGUCAUGGACAAUUCUACGUUGCAUUUUCUAGAGUGACUAACAGAAAAGAUUUAAAAAUUCUCAUAUGUGAUAAGAAUGGUCAAAUAAGUGAUCACACUGAAAAUGCUGCGUACAAAGAGGUAUUUUAA